AUGGCAGAGACUUCAAGUGUUUGGCGUGCUCCUUGGUGGGAUGCAAUCCAGUCCUCAGGUACGUACCUUCUCUCUACACAGUACACCUCCACUGAUGGAAGAUUCAGGCUGAUUGUGGACCUCGGAAAAGACGCUUGGACCAGGCGGGAGGGAAAAGGUGGUGCGUCCCGGCAGGAGGAAAUCCGCCCACACGACAUUUUUGCAGCCUCAGCUAUCCCGACUUUGAGAAAUUUCCCAAUCGUCACUCCUCUCGAUUGA